GAUACGGCUAACACGGCACAUCAGGCUCGGCGCGCUGGGAGACGGGAACUCCAGAAACCACGAGAGCUGUAUGACGCAUCUGUUCACGUCGGCACCAGAGCUGUGGGAGUUACCGGCUACGAAGAAACCACAUACAAGAAGCUGGAUCAUGCGAACGAUGCGUAGAGAAUGCGCACAGCAUCAGUGUACCACAAUGCCCACAUACGGCACAGCGCAGUCCAAAAAACCGGAGUACUGCGCCAAGCAUAAGCACCCCGGGAUGGUAGACGUUCUCAACAGGAGGUGUGGCCACUAGGCUUGUUCGAAAACCCCGUCUUACGGUCUUCAAGGCACCAAGACCGCG